CACACACACACACACACACACACGGUGCUCUUGCGACAGGUCUUGCUUAAAUAUACCUCGGAUAAUCAUCACUUGUGUGCAGAUCUUCUUUCCUGUCGAGUUAGUUUCUAACCUGGUCAUUCUGCACUUAUUUUUGUCCGUUUCUCCACCCACUUGAGAAAAGCACAGAACGCCACGCACCGCGCCACCCCUAAAAGCGUGGCUUCGGGCUCGCGGCUGCCCUUGCUCCCCACCUCUGCUCCUCUGGAGCUCCCCAGGCUCCAGGAGCCUGGAGCCACGAAGGGCUGCAGAAGCAGCAAGGUUCUCCGGGUGGGAGACCGGGGGUCUCCUGCGGGGCGGGCUGCAGGCCAUCGGGGGCGGCGUAGUUUCAGGCCGGCUCCCGCCCGUCGGGUGUGCCCCGCCAGUCCAGUGCAGGGCAGGAAAGGGGCCAGGCGCCCGGAUCCCAGCCCCGCAGCUUCGGAGGUCCCAGGACCCGGACCUCUCAGGGCAGUUAAGGUGCGGUUUCCGAGGGUGUGGUGCAACGCAGGUGCCCCGCGGGGCUGCAGGGCCUGGGCUCGGCGGGGCGGGGCCGGGGCAGAUCCGGUGUUAGCCUGGCCGGGGGGCGGGGCGGGGCGGGCCUUGGCGCCCCAGGAGCUGCCAGGCAACUUUUCUCCGUCCUCACCCCGGCGGGGGAGAAAAGCUCUCGGGACGGCUUCUGAAGAGUCCGGGUUCUGGAGUCCUUCUGCAAACCGAGAGCAGCAGCUACCGUCCCCGGGCAGGCUCAGGAUGCGGCCAGGAUGGACAGGGGGCGCGCCGUUGCUGGUGUUAGUGCUCAGUCAAGGGAUUUUAAAUUGUAUGGCAUACAAUGUUGGUCUCCUAGAAGCAAAGAUAUUUUCCGGUCCUUCAAGUGAGCAGUUUGGCUAUGCUGUGCAGCAGUUUAUAAAUCCAAAAGGCAACUGGUUACUGGUUGGUUCACCUUGGAGUGGUUUUCCUGAGAACCGAAUGGGAGACGUGUAUAAAUGUCCUGUUGAUCUGUCCACUGCUACAUGUGAAAAACUGAAUCUGCAAACUGCCACAAGCAUUCCCAAUGUUACCGAAAUGAAAACCAACAUGAGCCUUGGCUUGACACUCACAAGGAACGUAGGAACCGGAGGAUUUCUCACGUGUGGUCCCCUGUGGGCACAGCAAUGCGGAAGCCAGUAUUAUGCAACUGGUGUUUGUUCUGAUAUCAGUCCCAAUUUUCAGCUCUUGGCCAGCUUUGCACCUGCAGUUCAGACCUGCCCUUCCCUCAUAGAUGUUGUGGUUGUAUGUGAUGAGUCAAACAGUAUUUAUCCCUGGGAUGCAGUAAAGAAUUUUUUGGAAAAAUUUGUACAAGGCCUGGAUAUAGGCCCCACAAAGACACAGGUGGGGUUAAUUCAGUAUGCCAACAUACCAAGAGUUGUAUUUAACCUGAACACUUUCAAAACCAAAGCUGCAAUGAUUGAAGCAACAUCCCGGACAUACCAAUUUGGUGGAGAUCUCACAAAUACAUUCAAAGCAAUUCAAUAUGCAAAAGAUUUUGCAUAUGCAGCAGCUGCUGGAGGACGACCAGGUGCUACCAAAGUAAUGGUGGUUGUAACUGAUGGUGAAUCACAUGAUGGUUCAAUGCUGAAGGCCGUGAUUGAUGAAUGCAACAAUUACAAUAUACUGAGGUUUGGCAUAGCGGUUCUUGGGUACUUAAACAGAAAUGCCCUUGACACCAAAAAUUUAAUAAAAGAAAUUAAAGCAAUUGCCAGUAUUCCAACAGAAAGAUAUUUUUUCAACGUGUCUGAUGAAGCAGCUCUACUAGAAAAGGCUGGGACACUAGGAGAACAAAUUUUUAGCAUUGAAGGUACUAUUCAAGGAGGGGACAACUUCCAGAUGGAAAUGUCACAAGUGGGAUUCAGCGCAGAUUACUCUCCUCAAAAGGAUAUUCUGAUGCUGGGUGCAGUAGGAGCUUAUGGCUGGAGUGGUACCGUGGUCCAGCAGACAUCUCAUGGACAUAUGAUCUUUCCUAAACAAGCCUUUGACCAAAUUCUGCAAGAUAAAAAUCACAGUUCAUAUUUAGGUUACUCUGUGGCUGCAAUUUCUACCGGAAAAGAUGUUCACUUUGUUGCUGGUGCUCCUCGGGCAAAUUACACUGGCCAGAUAGUGCUAUACAGUGUUGACGAGAAUGGCAAUGUCACCGUUAUUCAGGCUCACCGAGGUGACCAGAUUGGCUCCUAUUUUGGUAGCGUGCUGUGUUCAGUUGAUGUGAAUAAAGACACCGUUACAGAUGUGCUCUUGGUGGGUGCACCGAUGUACAUGAAUGACUUAAAGAAAGAGGAAGGAAGAGUCUACCUGUUUACUAUCACAAAGGGCGUUUUGAAUUGGCACCAAUUUCUUGAAGGCCCUAAGGGUGUUGAAAAUGCUCGGUUUGGUUCAGCGAUUGCAGCUCUUUCAGAUAUCAACAUGGAUGGUUUUAAUGAUGUAAUAGUUGGUUCACCUUUGGAAAAUCAGAACUCUGGAGCUGUGUACAUCUACAAUGGUCACGAGGGCACCAUUCGCAUGAAGUAUUCCCAGAAAAUCUUGGGAUCUGAUGGAGCCUUUAGGAGCCAUCUCCAGUACUUUGGGAGAUCUUUGGAUGGCUACAGUGAUUUAAAUGGGGAUUCCAUCACUGAUGUGUCCAUUGGUGCCUUUGGACAAGUGGUUCAGCUCUGGUCACAGAGUAUCGCUGAUGUAUCUGUGGAUGCUUCUUUCACGCCAGAAAAAAUUACUUUGGUCAACAAGAAUGCUGACAUAAAACUCAAACUCUGUUUCAGUGCAAAGUUUAGACCUACUAAGCAAAACAGUCAAGUGGCCAUUAUAUACAACAUCACAAUUGAUGCAGACCUAUAUUCAUCCAGAGUAACCUCCAGGGGGCUAUUUAAAGAAAAUAAUGAAAGAUGCCUGCAGAAGAAUAUGAUAGUAAGUCAAACACAGAGUUGCUCUGAGUACAUCAUCCACAUACAGAAGCCCUCUGAUGUUGUCAGCUCUUUGGAUCUGUGUGUCAAUGUCAGUCUGGAAAACCCUGGCACCAGCCCUGCCCUCGAAGCCUACUCUGAGAAGGCCAAGGUCUUCAGUAUCCCUUUCUACAAGGAAUGUGGGGAUGAUGGAGUUUGCAUCUCUGAUCUAGUUCUAGAUGUCCAACAGCUGUCAGCUGCUCAAGAUCAACCCUUUAUUGUCAGCAACCAAAACAAAAGGUUAACAUUUUUAGUAACGCUGAAAAACAAAAGGGAAAGUGCCUACAACACUGGAAUUGUUGUUGAUUUUUCAGAAAACUUGUUUUUCGCUUCCUGGACCGUGCCGGUUGAUGGGACAGAAGUCGUAUGCCAGAUUGCUUCAUCUCAGAAGUCUGUUACCUGUGAUGUAGGCUACCCAGCUUUAAAGACAGAGCAACAGGUGACUUUCAUGAUUAACUUUGACUUCAAUCUUCAAAACCUUCAGAAUCAGGCAUCUGUCAGUUUCCAAGCCUUAAGCGAAAGCUCUGAAGAAAACAAGGCAGAUAAUUUGGUCAAUUUCAAAAUCCCUCUGCUGUAUGACGCCGAAAUUCACAUAACAAGAUCCACCAACAUAAAUUUUUAUGAAGUCUCCUCGGAUGGGAAUGUUCCUUCUGUCGUGCACAGUUUUGAAGAUAUUGGUCCAAAGUUCGUCUUCUCUGUUAAGGUAACAACAGGAAGUGUUCCAGUCAGCAUGGCAUCCGUGAUCAUCCACAUCCCUCAAUACACCAAAGGAAAGAACCCGUUGAUGUAUGUGACUGGGGUGCACACAGAUCAGGCUGGUGACAUCAGUUGUAAUGCUGAAAUAAAUCCACUGAAAAUAGGACCCACAGCUUCUUCUGUAUCUUUCAAGAAUGAAAAUUUCCGGCACAUAAAAGAAUUGAACUGUAGAAGUGCUACGUGCAGCAAUGUUACCUGCUGGCUGAAAGACCUUCAGGUCAAAGGAGAGUACUUCCUUAAUGUGUCUACCAGAAUUUGGAAUGGAACUUUUGCGGCAUCAACUUUCCAGACAGUACAGCUGACCGCAUCUGCAGAAAUAAACACCUACAAUCCUCAGAUAUAUGUGAUCGAAGAAAACACAGUCACGAUUCCCAUUACGAUAAUGAAACCCCAUGAGAAAGCUGAAGUACCAACUGGAGUUAUAGUAGGAAGUGUAAUUGCUGGAAUCGUUUUGCUAUUAGCUCUGGUUGCAGUUUUAUGGAAGCUUGGCUUCUUCAAAAGAAAAUAUGAAAAAAUGUCCAAAACUGCGGAUGAGAUUGACGAGACCACAGAACUCAACAGCUGA